CAAACCCCUCCCAUCUCCCCUUCCUCUCCUCCCAGAUUCUCCCGUACCCUCCAGAUACACAAUUGACUCGCAAUUUCCCGCCUCUUGAACCUCUUCCUUCACGAAUCUUGCCCUCGAAUUCUAGGUAAGUUAUCAUCAAUUCAAUGGCUUGGUUAGAAUUACCAGCAUGCUGCGUUUUCUCUCUCUCUCUCUCCUGAGUCUGACCGGCAAAGAGCCAUUGGAUAAUAUAGCAUCUCUCUAUAUAUAUCUUAUAAUUAACAACAGCCAUCCGCCCAUUCUCCUCCCAAUCAGCCGUUUAAAUCCAGCACUGUCCUCGAUAAUAGAGCGUCAACGAGGACCUCUAUAAAGUUCCAAGUGCCUAGUGUCUCAUUUCACAUACCAUGGCCUCCCGUCAUUCGCGUAAAUUCCUGCGACCGCUGCUCUAUACGUCACUCGCCACGGCUGCGGGUGCUGGAGUGCUCUACAUUUCUUACCGCCCUCGCAAUAUCCCUGGUUCCGAGGCCCCUGCUGUCCCGCCCCCGGGUUAUCACGAAGGCCGCCUGGUGCCGCCUAGUUUUCCCCGCAUCAAAUCUAGAUUGGAGCAGAUUGAGGAUCUCAAGCGCUCUGCAAAGGGAGAUGCAUCAGAGGAAUAUGAUCUGCUCGUCAUUGGCGGUGGCGCCACUGGCUCGGGAAUCGCUCUUGAUGCUGCGACUCGAGGAUUGAAGGUCGCCAUCGUCGAACGCGAUGAUUUCAGCUCUGGAACCAGCAGUAAGAGUACAAAACUUGUACAUGGUGGUGUGCGAUACCUGGAAAAGGCAGUAUGGGAAUUGGAUUAUAACCAGUACGCGCUCGUGAGGGAAGCCUUGCGGGAGCGGAAGUACUUCCUGAACACUGCCCCUCAUCUUUCCAGCUGGCUUCCGAUCAUGGUUCCGGUGCAGAAGUGGUGGCAAGCACCCUAUUUCUGGGCAGGCACUAAAUUUUACGACUUCCUGGCUGGCUCAGAAGGUAUUGAGAGCUCCUACUUCCUGACCAAGAGUAAAGCCAUCGAUGCUUUCCCGAUGCUUAGAAAGGAUAACCUGAUUGGCGCUAUGGUCUACUACGAUGGUGCUCACAAUGACUCGAGAAUGAACGUUUCCCUUGCAAUGACAGCUGCAUUGUACGGCGCCACUGUUGUCAAUCACAUGCAGGUUACCGGCUUGACCAAAGACUCAUCUGGCAAGUUAACCGGGGCCCGCCUCAAGGACGUAAUCCAGGGCAGAAAUGGCCAGAAGGAGGAAGAAUUCACCAUCAAAGCGAAGGGUAUCAUCAAUGCGACCGGGCCCUUUACUGACUCAAUCAGAAAGAUGGACGAGCCUGAUGUGAAGGAAAUUGUGGCACCGAGCUCGGGUGUCCAUGUCAUUCUACCUGGUUACUAUAGUCCGUCAGACAUGGGGCUGAUUGAUCCUUCGACAUCCGACGGCCGAGUUAUCUUCUUCUUGCCUUGGCAGGGAAACACAAUUGCUGGCACCACAGAUCAACCCACUGAAAUCACUACCCAGCCAGAGCCCUCCGAGAAAGACAUCAACUGGAUCCUCACGGAAGUUCGUCGGUACUUGGCCCCUGACAUCAACGUUGAGCGAAGUGAUGUGCUCGCCGCCUGGUCCGGCAUCCGUCCUUUAGUACGCGAUCCUAAGGUCAAGAGUUCCGAGGCUUUGGUUCGUAACCACCUCAUCUCAGUCUCCCCAUCUGGGUUGUUGACUUGCGCCGGUGGCAAAUGGACCACCUAUCGGCAAAUGGCCGAAGAGGCAGUUGAUGAGGCCGUCAACGUCUUUGGCCUGAAGCCCCGAGAAGUAUCCAACGCUCCCGAUAUUAGCGGUGUUGGUGGAAGCGGGCUAGUCGCUGACGGCGCUGUUCUUGAUGGCUCUUGUCAGACCCAUCAGGUCCGUUUGAUUGGUGCCCAUGGCUACUCAAAGACCCUUUUCAUAAACCUCAUCCAACAUUAUGGGCUCGAGACGGAUGUGGCGCAGCAUUUAACACAAUCAUACGGUGAUCGAGCUUGGCAGGUUGCGGCUUUGUCUUCGCCGACUAAUGCUCGUUUCCCCGUUCGAGGCCAGCGCAUCUCGACCCUCUAUCCUUUCAUCGAUGGCGAGGUUCGCUAUGCUGUUCGCCACGAGUACGCGCAAACUGCUGUUGAUGUUCUCGCACGCCGAACCCGCCUAGCAUUCCUCAAUGCCGAAGCAGCGCUUGAAGCCCUUCCUAGUGUCAUUGAUCUGAUGGGAGAAGAGUUGAACUGGGACAGUGGCCGGAAGGACGUGGAGUGGAAGGAGAGUGUCCGCUUCUUGUCCUCGAUGGGCCUCCCCAAGACCUUCCUCAGUUUGAGUAGAGCGGACGUUGAAGCCGGCAAGGUCAAACAGGUCGAUAUUGCGCAACGAGCAGCGUUUGCUAGGACAGAUCCACCAGCGGAUGUGCUUGCCAACGACACCCGUUCAUCUGACUCCAACAAACUGAUCCAACCUGAUUCCCCGGCCAACAAAUAGAGCAGUCACGCGCCAUAGAGCUAUUUUGUAUAAAUCAUUGGAAGUGUAUACUUGGCACGUCAUGUCAUCUGGAUAUCCGACAAUGUCGUCUAGAUUGUCCCUUCUGGAAAAAUUUCAAGCCCUGGGUUUGUGUGUUUAGACUUAUCAGCAUAUGGAGGUGGGUUUUCCUUUAUGGUGUAGAUGGCAUGUAGGUGUUGGACCUUCAUCUAAUGUGUAACGAAUAUUCCUUCUCUCUGCUCAUGGCGAGGAUGCAACAAUGUGCAAUGCCCGCGACGAAAUGGAAGGGAGCAAGAAGACAAUCAACUUCAGG